GGAACCCUCCCCAGUGAGGUAGGAAUCCACACAAACGCGUCUGCAUUAAAACAAGAAAAGGGACGCGUGACUGCUGUCAGAUCAAUGCGAAACGGGACAGGACAAGCCGUUGUCUUGUUUUAAGUUUUGGUUUUCCCCCGGACCAUUUCAUUGUCUAACCCCUCACUUUUCUUUGAAUUUCAUUCGUUACUACCUCUGUUAAAAAUGUACAGAUAUUUCGGAGAAUUACUUACUCGUGGUGCAAACAGUGCUCUGGCCUCGGGAUGUGUCGAGUCGGCUCUUCCAGUUACCGCGUCGUUGAUGAGGGUGUGCCACUACAGCGAGGUCGGAGGAGAGAAAGAUGCAGAUGAUCCCAACUUCUUUAAAAUGGUGGAGGGAUUCUUUGACCGCGGUGCAAAUAUCGUUGAGGAUAAACUGGUGGAGGACCUCAAAAACAAGGAGACGCCAGUGCAGAAGAGACACCGCGUACGUGGAAUCCUCAAGAUUAUCAAGCCCUGCAACCAUAUACUGAGUGUGUCGUUCCCCAUCAAGCGAGACAACGGCGAAUGGGAGGUGAUUGAGGGGUAUCGUGCCCAGCACAGCCAACACAGGACCCCCUGUAAAGGAGGUAUCCGCUACAGCACCGAGGUGUCUGUCGACGAGGUGAAAGCCCUGGCCUCGCUGAUGACAUACAAAUGUGCUGUCGUGGAUGUGCCAUUUGGAGGAGCCAAAGCUGGAGUGAAGAUCAACGUAAAGAAUUACACUGACAAUGAACUGGAGAAAAUCACCAGAAGAUUCACCAUUGAGCUGGCCAAGAAGGGUUUUAUUGGACCUGGCAUUGAUGUCCCUGCCCCUGAUAUGAGCACUGGAGAGAGGGAAAUGUCCUGGAUCGCUGACACCUACGCCAACACCAUGGGCCACCAUGACAUCAACGCCCAUGCCUGUGUGACUGGUAAGCCCAUCAGCCAGGGGGGCAUCCACGGAAGGAUCUCGGCCACCGGGCGUGGAGUAUUCCACGGCAUCGAGAACUUCAUCAACGAGGCGGCCUACAUGAGCCAGCUGGGCCUGAGCCCCGGCUUCACCGACAAGACCUUUGUCAUCCAGGGUUUCGGUAACGUUGGCAUGCACUCCAUGCGUUACCUGCACCGUUUCGGGGCCAAGUGUGUUGGUGUUGGAGAGAUGGAUGGAAGCAUCUGGAACCCCAAUGGCAUCGACCCCAAGGAGCUGGAGGACUACAAGCUGAAACACGGCACCAUCGUGGGCUUCCCCAACUCCACACCAUACGAAGGCAGCAUCCUGGAGGCUGACUGUGACAUCCUGAUCCCCGCCGCCAGCGAGAAGCAGCUGACCAGGAAUAACGCCCACAAAAUCAAGGCCAAGAUCGUUGCUGAAGGAGCCAACGGCCCCACCACCCCUGACGCUGAUAAGAUCUUCCUGGAGAGGAAUAUCAUGGUGAUUCCGGACAUGUACCUGAACGCUGGUGGAGUGACUGUCUCCUACUUUGAGUGGCUGAAGAACCUGAACCAUGUCAGCUACGGUAGACUGACCUUCAAGUACGAGAGGGACUCCAACUACCACCUGCUCAUGUCCGUCCAGGAGAGUCUGGAGAGGAAGUUUGGGAAGCAUGGAGGAGCAAUCCCAGUUGUCCCUACCUCUGAGUUCCAGGCUAGGAUCGCUGGCGCAUCAGAGAAGGACAUUGUGCACUCAGGACUGGCCUACACCAUGGAGAGGUCUGCCAGGCAAAUAAUGCGUACAGCUAACAAGUACAACCUGGGCCUUGACCUGAGGACAGCAGCGUACGUCAACGCCAUCGAGAAGGUCUUCAAGGUGUACAACGAGGCAGGUCUUACCUUCACAUAGGCGGCACCUCCACAGCCUCUGUCCAUCCGAGCAGACCCAGGGCCCCCGCCUCUCCCAGCCUUCAUACAACCUUCAUAAAAUCUUUAUAUAACGUUCACGACAUAUCAAGCGUUUACAUUUUACACAUGACCAUUAGCUUUACUCUUUGCAUAUGUAUUACUAGCAAAGCGAUACACACGUUAUUUUGCAUUCUCAUAUCGUCAAGAGAGCCCACAUGUUCUAGAACCAGUUGGGCUGUUAUGAAGCUACUGUGUCUAUGGUUAUUUACGGCAGACCUGGGACCUGGGCUCUGACUAAACGGCAGACCUGGGACCUGGGCUCUGACUAAACGGCAGACCUGGGACCUGGGCUCUGACUAAACGGCAGACCUGGGACCUGGGCUCUGACUAAACGGCAGACCUGGGACCUGGGCUCUUAAUUGCUUAAUUGCUGUUGCUAUAUUAUUGCUGGUGUACAGCUUUUACGGGCUAGUUCUUUAAUGAAUUAGUGCUGUGCUUGUUCAGUAUCUGUUACGGACCUACUGUUACUUCACUGACAGAGUUUAAGAAAUUAGUCAACAUAAUAGAAUGUAGAGCAGAGACACACUAAAAGCCUUAAUUGUACAGGUUUCUCCUGUGUUGAAAUUGAGAAAGUUAAUCAUUUUUACCUAUACCAGAAUGUUCUCUUUCUAUUUAAGGUCACCCAAUAGGAGUUCAGUGCACUUACAGUAUAAAGCAGUACACAAUGUGGGCGUCUACGCUAUUCAGGAUGAUAUCAUAAAAUACUGAACAUUUGUUAGUAAGCAGAUGUAUUAUAUAUUACUCUGUUGACAUGACACUAAAAUGAUCAAUUCCAGAAGAUUGUUCUUUGUUGUUUCUGGUGCUUGCUUGGGCAGCCACAGUUUGAAUGUCUUUCUCGCCGUAUUCUUCCCUUUGUGUUUAAUUUAGAAUUUGACCAAAAUCAAAAUGGUGUUUGUGCUGAAUCCUUAGGGCUACUGGAAGGGGAGAAUAUGUGGGAACAAAAUGUUUAUUUUUCUUUAUCAGGCUUGAUUGACUGCUUUGGGAUUCUAUGUAAGAGAAUUUGUAUUGCCUUUUCAUUGAAAAUGAAUUAAACAACAAAACGAUU